CAUCCUAAACACUACACCUCAGUGAAGAAUAUCAUUAAGAUGACCAUGCUUAACAUCAACAAGCUUAGUAUCUAUGUUGUACUCCUGUCAGUAGCCUUCGCACAGAUCCUCGUGGUCAGUGCUGCCAGUAUUGCCGGUGCAGAGCACCGUGACGUGGGUUCCGACGAUUCAGUGGAUGGCAUUAGUGAGUGUAAUCCAGAUGAUUUUGUGGGGCAGGACUUACGAGCUUCUAGCAAUACACUAUCCUUACUGAAACCCAAAUACAGCUGGAGGGUUGAAAGUUGACGCAAAGGAGGACAGAUCAGCACAUGUGCACAUUGCAGGUGACAUCCGGGGGGGAGGGGUUUAUAUUGAAUGUACUAUAUGUUUCUCGAGAUCUCCUGUUAUUUUGUUCACUACCCAUGUACAGUGAUUCUGAUCGGUCCACUCAGCGGU